AUGAGGGUGCCCCUGUUUAUAAUGACGAAGAGUAGGGUGACCAGGAGGGCUCAAGAGUUCUUUUUCCACAGUUUUCAGCCCCCACAGGCCAAGCUACAUAUAUGGCCAUCACUUAUACAUGACCAUUGUGCAUCACAGGCUCGCCACACCCAUACCUACUCAGAUGCCAAGAAUGCCCUGAAAAAUGGAGUAAGAAAUGUAAAAGAGAACAUAAAAGAGGGUGUAAAGACAGAUUUGUCUGCUUGGAAGACUGUAAAGUGGAUCAGCACUGGGAUUUGCUUAGUAUUAUUCGACCUCAGCUUUGCCAGCUGGUACAACCAUCGGAAUGAGAGGAUUCUCCUUCAUGCCUUUGAACAUGGUUCCUGUCCAGAACCUGAUGUUAAGCAGAAACAGUUGAUUGACCGUGAGGUUGUUAUCAAGAAACUGAGACAAAUUCUCAAGCCAAUCUCUGAUGAUACUUAUCAUGUCAUUGUUGGGAACCAUGGAACUGGGAAGACUACAGUGGUCCGGCAGUGUGCUAGGGAUGUUGGAAAAGGAGUCAUUUAUGUUGAUGUCCCACCAGUAUUGGAUAACUUUGUUAAUAAUCUUGCAGAUGCUAUUGGAUUCAAGGAGCAUGUGUCCAUUACUGAAUCAUUGAAACGAAAGAUUCUAGGCAAUAGUGAGUCUG